AUUUUGCGACUCCGACCGAGAACUUUCAGUUCGUUUUUGAAUCGCGUGGGGAAAUGUAGUCCGCGAAAAGUCAAAAUCGGAUGGUGUGCUCUGUUUGAAGACGUGAUUGUAUUUAACAAUUUUUUCGGAUGCGAAGAUCUCAUAAAUCAUCGAUCUCUGUGAAACAAUGGUAGAAAUAGUGUCUAGUGAGAUUACGCGCAGUCAGCAUGAAGAAGUCCAAGUUGCAUUCAAAAUCGCGAAAUCGUCAUGGUCUGUUUGAUUCUUUAUUGAACUCGUUAUCAACUUUUUUAUGGCCAGUUGCAACACCAUUCUCAUCUGCGCCUGCGCGAAGUUGGAUAGAAGCUACGUUCACGAAAAGAGAGUGCAUUAAAUACGUUCCACAUCCUAAAUAUGAGAAUAAAUGUUGCUGUGAUAGAACUCUAGAACAACAUAAAUUCAUCACUGAAAAUUCAGAAAAAAUCCAAACUGAAAUAUGGUUACCAUCGAAAUGUACAGCGGCCUUUCCUACGGACGCCUAUGGAACUGUAGAGUUCCAAGGAGGACCUCAUCCGUCCAAAGCUCAAUAUAUCCGCUUGGCUUAUGAUACGAAACCUGAGCACAUAAUUCAGCUUAUCACCAAAGAAUGGGGUCUAGAGCUUCCAAAAUUACUUAUUUCUAUUCAAGGUGGCAAGGCUAAUUUCGAGCUACAGCCAAAGCUCAAAAAAGUUUUACGCAAGGGGCUUCUGAAGGCCGCUAGGUCAACAGGAGCUUGGAUUUUCACGGGUGGCACCAAUACUGGUGUAACAAAGCAUGUUGGUGAUGUACUUCUGCUUGAAAGAUCUCAAAGGACUGGCAGGGUUAUCACAUUAGGAAUAACCCCAUGGGGGAUAGUAGAAAAUAAUCAAGAACUCAUAGGGCACAACAAAGAAGUUCCAUAUCAUUCCAUAUCUUCUCCAAGAUCACGAUUUGCUGCUCUGAACAAUCGGCAUGCCUAUUUCCUGCUCGUAGAUAAUGGAACAAUAGGGAAAUAUGGCGCUGAAAUUGUUCUCAGGAGAAAAUUGGAAAAGCACAUAUCUAAACAGAGAUUAUAUCCUUUUACCCAGAGCCCCAUACCAAUUGUCUGUUUGGUGAUCGAAGGCGGCACAAACACUAUUAGAGCAGUCCUGGAGUAUGUGACAGAUGAUCCUCCCGUACCUGUCGUUGUCUGUGACGGAUCUGGCAGAGCCGCAGACCUCAUUUCAUUCGUAUAUAGGUACGAGCUGAGGGUGCUUAAAGUGUUGAAAGAUUAUAUAAUCGGUACCAUACAAAGGGCAUUUGAAGUACCAUUAGAUCUGGCAGAAGUUCUUUUUGGAGAACUCCUCCAAUGUGUACAAAAUAAAAAUCUGAUAACAAUCUACCGAAUAGCUGAGAAGAACGACCAAACUCGACAUGAGCUCGAUCAGACGAUCCUUACAGCUCUAUUCAAAUCACAACAUCUAUCCCCGACGGAACAGCUGAGUCUUGCAUUGACUUGGAAUAGAUCGGAUAUAGCUCGAUCUGAGAUCUUCAUAUACGGACAGGAAUGGCCUCCAGGUGCCCUAGAAGAUGCUAUGAUGAAAGCUCUAGAGCACGACAGAUGUGAUUUUGUGAAACUGCUUUUGGAGAAUGGGGUGAGCAUGCGUAAGUUUCUGACGAUUCCGAGGUUGGAAAAUCUUUACAACUCAAAGCAAGGACCGAGUAAUACUCUACAGUAUAUUUUGAGGGAUGUAAGACCUCAUAUACCUGAAGGAUACGUAUAUACUCUGCACGAUAUUGGACUCGUUAUCAACAAACUGAUGGGAGGAGCAUACAGGGCAUUCUACACAAGGAGAAAAUUCAGACCUAUCUAUGCUAAAGUGAUGAACAAAGGUCAAAAUCUACAGAGAAAUUCUAGUUCUUUUGCCAAGCAAUAUGGAAACGCUAUGAGUCUUUUAGCUGGAGCUCUUCCCUCUAGUGCGAAUCCAUGCUUGUUCGAUUACCCCUUCAAUGAAUUAUUGAUCUGGGCUGUUCUGAUGAAAAGGCACAAAAUGGCUCUUCUGAUGUGGCAACAUGGUGAAGAAGCAUUAGCGAAAGCUUUAGUAGGCUGCAAGCUCUUCAAAGCCAUGGCUCAUGAAGCUGCAGAAGAUGAUAUGGAAACAGAAGUCUAUGAAGAGUUAAGAAGUUAUGGAAAAGAAUUCGAAAAUAUCGCUCUUGAAGUGUUAGAUUACUGCUAUAGACAAGAUGAUGAUCAGACUCAACAACUUUUGACUUGUGAAUUGCAAAAUUGGUCAGGACAAACAUGUCUCAGUUUAGCCGUUGCUGCAAAUCACAGAGCUCUCUUAGCGCAUCCAUGUUCGCAAAUAAUAUUAGCUGACUUGUGGAUGGGUGGAUUGAGGACAAGAAAGAACACAAACCUAAAGGUGAUAUUAGGUUUGUUAUUUCCACCAUACAUCCUCUCCCUAGAGUUUAAAUCGAAGGAAGAGCUUCAACUAAUGCCUCAAACUACAGAAGAACAUAUGGAGCUGGAAAAUGAUGAUGACGAUAAAUCAGAUUCCGAGAAAAUUCCAGACGCUGAAAAAAAUGCAAGGACAUUGAGUAUUCGAGGCAGAGCAACGAAUCCGCAAGGUGUUAAGGCUCUUCUGACGGAGACUUUCGGAAGAAGUGAUGUCUUUUUGCAAGAGAACGGCAAGCCAUUUGGAGGUAUGGACGAUAAUAGGACAUUUGCAGAAUUCGGAAAAAUGCCAAAGCAACGCCAAUUGAGAGUGAGAAAGAAGUUGUAUGAGUUUUAUACAGCUCCAAUCACCAAGUUCUGGGCUAAUUCAAUAGCUUACAUAGCGUUCCUAGUGAUCUUCAGUUACCUAGUUCUAGUAAAAAUGCCUUUUACGCCUAGCUGGUACGAAUGGUUUUGCAUCGCUUUCAUAUGCAGUCUUGGAUGUGAGAAAAUAAGAGAACUUUUUUCAUCCGAACCAGUUAGUAUAGCUCAAAAAUUGGCAGUAUGGUCGUGGAAUAUGUGGAACCCUUGCGAUAUGGCUGCUGUACUCUUCUUUCUGAUUGGUGUAACGUUCAGGAUGCAGCCGGAUACUUUCGACCAUGGCAGAGUGAUAUAUUGCGUUAAUUCUAUAUAUUGGUAUCUACGAAUAUUGAAUAUAUUGAGUGUAAAUAAAUACUUGGGACCACUUGUUACUAUGAUGGGAAAAAUGGUGAAAAACAUGAUUUAUUUCGUAGUGCUAUUACUUAUAGUUCUCAUGAGUUUUGGUGUCACUAGACAAGCUAUAAGCAAUCCUGACCAAGAGGCUAGUUGGAGUAUCGCAAGAGAUGUCUUCCUAGAACCUUAUUUCAUGUUGUAUGGUGAAGUGUACGCUAACAAAAUUGACCCGUCCUGUGGGCCUGGUCAAGAAGAAGAAGUAUGCCGAACAGGAAGAUGGAUAACUCCCUUUAUCAUGUCCAUAUACCUCUUGGUUGCAAAUAUACUCCUCAUAAACCUCUUGAUAGCAGUUUUCAACAACAUAUUCAACGAAGUGAAUGCCGUCGCACACCAGGUGUGGAUGUUUCAGAGAUUCACGGUCGUCAUGGAGUACGAACAGAAACCCCUUCUUCCCCCACCUUUCAUCAUACUCAGCCAUUUUUAUCUCUUCUGUAAAUAUCUGAAAAGGAAAAUGGCAGGACUUGAGGAAAGUUACGAUAAUGGGCUGAAGCUUUUCCUCGAUCGUGAUGAGAUGGAAAGACUGUACGACUUCGAAGAAGAUUGUGUUGAAGGCUACUUCGCUGAGCAAGAACUUAAGCUACAGCAGUCGACAGAAGAAAGGAUCAAGGUUACUACUGAAAGGAUAGAACAUCUGACCCAGAAAGUCGAAGAUAUCAACACCAAAGAGAACGCAAACAGCACAGCCAUGCAGGGAUUCGAAGUGAGAUUCAGGAGGCUACAAGAUGAUACUCAAAACAUCAUCGAACAACUUCUUGCAAUUCAAAAAAUGUUAUCAGGGGGUGGUGCUACAGUAUCGGCACUUCCUGAGGGACAAGUUCUCAGAGAAAGAACCCUUAGCGAAAACACUGAGGGAGGUGCAGAGGAUCAAAUUCCGAAUAUAUUCCCACCAUCUUUGACUAGGAAAAGAAUGAUGAUUCGAUCUUUAACAGAAGUAAGACCUGAUGCGUAUAUCUUUGAUAAUGGGCAACAUAUUGAGUAUAGGCAUACGGAAGAGGAAGAAGAUGCUUUCAAUGAACAAGAAAGAAUAGAUGCAUUACCUAUUACAACAAGCAAACAAGCCUUGAACACGGAGAGAAUAAGGAAAAAAAGUUCUGAUUCGAAGACUUCAAUUGAAAGUGUUGAUAAGCUUGAUUCAAAUUUCGUUUCCGCUGAUGAUUUGGCAGCUCUUAGUCUAGAUGUAUUAAGAUCAAGAGUUGCCCAAAGAAGAAGAGAUUCUGCAUCCGGUAGAAGAAAUUCAGAUGGAAACGGAAAUGGUGAGGAAAUGAUAAAUUUUCUUUUUCAUCCUCAUCAUUCAUCACAUUUUCAUUACAUAAAUGGUGACGAACCUGUCCAACCUGCUAAAGUGAGUCUUCCACGCCGCCAAUUUUCGCACACUCAAUCGGAACCGGAAACGUCUGAACCACCCCCUUCAGCAUCUGGUGUGCCAUCUCAACGGUUGGGCACCGUUACAUUCGCAGAACCGAAAAUUAAGGUUUUUCCUCCGAGCUCUUCAACGCAGAAUAUCAACCCUAGAUCGUCGAUCUUGAUGCACAUGCACACCGAGUAUACUAGUAUAACUGAUGAACUGGAAACUGUUUGUGGACUUCUGAGUCCUCCAAGGUCUCCUGGUCUACUGUCUCCACCAAGGCCGGAACAGUCGCCGCCAAUUAAUGGAUUGACUGCCAGCGAAGAAAGGCUCAUAAGACAUUUUAACCAUCCGAGAAUAACAGAAAUUAGGGCUGCUAAAUUCGAAAUUGGCCAACGUCGAAGAAAUCACUCGGAGAUGUCAAAUCCGGAAAUAGCAAUUAAUUUAGAAAAAGAACAUCUUCGUUGUGCUGAAGAGAGCGAUUACAUGGUAAUGGAAAAUCUUAUCCAGAGAAGAUACGAUGAAGAGGAUGGCUCGUCAUCUGAUCAAGAUGAACCAUUUGCAACCACUCUAUUGAAAAUUCAGUCAGAAUCUAAAGAUUUCAGGUUAAAUUCCUGGCCUGCUAGAACCUUGCAACGAGUUAGUGCUGUGGAUACAGAGCCACCUCCAACGCCUACUUCUACGAAACCUCUGAUUGGUUUCAGCCCGGAUACCUCAACUGAACGUCAAGAUUCGACAGAUUCUGGCGAUAUCACCUUAGUAAGCCAACCACCUCCACCGAAGAGACCUUCAAUCGUGAUGGAUUCUUCUCAACUUCCCAUUCAAAGAGAAGUACAACUCCAAAAAGCAGACUCAAAAGCCAGUCUUCAUAUGCAAACAGAAACUAUGUGUUGAAAAAAUAUUUAAAAUGAAUUUCACUCCCAAAAAGCACGCUACAGCGUCGUAGUAGGUUUCGUUAGAUACCAUAUCAGAACAAUGAUUCUCAUAUCAAUUUUUUGAAUAUCUCAUUUUCAAAGAAUGAUUUAACGAUAAUUCAAUCUCUUCGAAUAUUAGGUAUUUUAUUGGAAAAACAGACAAUAUUCAUAAAAUCUUGGUACAAAUCAAAGCCAACAUAAAAGGUUUUAUGUCAAAGGUGUUCUCUAAACUAUACAAUUUUGGACUCAAUCACGUCUGCUUUGUACUGAGAUUUCAGUAGUAGUAAAAGUAAAUCUUUCUGAUUGUAAAUAAAAUAAAGAAAAUACGAACAAUCAGUACUAUAAUUCUAAUAUUUUUAUCAGAAUAUAAAAAUUUAUUGGCUCAAUGGUAGUGCUCAAAUUUUAACAUUUCUUCUUUCAUCUGGAAACUUACAAUACAAAACUAUGGAAUCUGAUUACAAAAAUAGAAAUUGAAGGAAUUUCUAAAACAUAUCACUUCAGAACCAUGUAUCUGCUAAAUUGAAUUGACUAAAAUGAAUUAAAAAUUUUACCUGUUUGAUUGUUUUACUCGAUAUAGUAUAUUUAUAUGUAGUAAUGAUUCUAUUUUUAAUCUAAUUAGUUUCAAAUUUAUUGGAGUCAUUUUUGAAUAUGUAAUUUUGGAUUUUAUAACUAUAUUUGGAUUAUUUUGUAUUUCAUCAAUUGUCAUAUCGAAUCUGAAGAAUAUAAAACCCUAUGUGAAACA